AUGGCACCUACAGGGACUUCAAUGGAGGCAUAUAAUGGCCAUGAAGUACCCAAAGUAGCAAGCAUCAAAACACUAGCUGACUCAGCUGCCCUCACUUUUGUACCUUCUGAGUACACCUACACCAAAAAUCCUAACGAACAAGGCGAUGCAAACGACCCAGAGCAUUCAAUCCCAAUAUUGAUUUUUCCCUUCUCACAUCAGGAUCUCCUGAUCAACGAGCAAAAGGAUUUCCUCAAGGUCAUUGUCCACCCUCAGUUCAACUCACUCUACAAACCUGCUGGAUACAGCGAGGUUUCACUAGAGUUCAGCAAAAGAACUCGAGAAGUAGCCACAGAAAUGUUGAAAGGAAUAUCAGAGAGCUUAGGGUUGGAGGGUCACUACAUAGUAAAGGCCAUGAACUGGGACCGUGGCUUACAAAUUCUGGCCGCAAAUUACUACCCGGCUUGCCCACAGCCCGAUAAAGCAAUCGGUCUACCUCCUCAUACCGAUCAUGGACUGGUGACCCUCCUCAUUCAGAAUGAGAUGGGUGGCCUUGAAGUCAAGCACAAAGACCAAUGGGUGUUGGUGAAUGUUGCUCCGGGAGCUUUUGUUGUUACCAUUGGUGACCAAAUGCAGAUUUUGACAAAGGACAAGUACAAGAGCAUAUGGCAUAGGGCUGUUGUGAACAACAAAGCUACAAGGAUAUCAAUAGCUGUGCCCCGUGGACCCUCACUGGACACACCAGCUUUACCAAUCCCAGAGUUGUUAGAGAGAGAAGGCCAAGCCCCAAAAUACAUUGGGAUGACAUACGAGAAAUUCAUAGCAAGCCCUGCUGCCCUCAUAAAACCUUUCUUAGAUCACCUGCGGGUCAAGCAUAACUGAAGCUACAGCCUACACAUAAUCACUAGAGUCCUCUUAUCUCCGUGACCGUGAAUAAGAGCUUUGUUGCUCCUAUACAUUGUCUUGUUCCGAUUCUGAAUUCACAAUCUUAUAUAUAUUUAUAGCUCUAACUAUGCCA